AUGAGCCUUCGCCAUUGUGAUGCUCCCGCGGUGAAGGGAGAGAGGCGUAGCUGUCUAAAAACCCUGGAGGACAUAAUUGAGUUCUCGAGGGAAAGUUUAGGCCGCAAACAUCUGGUGGCUUUGGCAUCAGAGAAUACAAAAGGCCUGGGGAAUCAAGUGGUCAUGGUUAGGAAUUUUACUAAACCUUACAAGACCGAAAAGAUUGUUGCCUGCCAUGAGUUGUUCUUCCCCUUUUCCACCUAUUAUUGCCAUAAGUUAUCAUUAGUAGAAGUCUAUGCUGUGGAUGUUAUUAAUCCAAAGAAGAGAGGUGGAAUUGAUAAGCUCUUCGCAAUUUGUCAUAUGGAUACUUCGCCAUGGACACCAACUCAUGUCGCCUUCAAACUACUCAAGACAUCUCCUGGGAAAGGAGAAGUGUGUCAUUGGAUUGACGAAAUGGACCUACUUUGGGUUGGUUAUGACUAG